AUGAGUUUCGGUGAUGCUGCCUUGCCCACAAGGUCGCCCAUACCCGAAUGGCCAUCGCUCUAUAACCCUGUCAUCGAGGUUUAUAAUCUUGAACAUCACGGACCGGUGCAGUCGAACGGACGUUAUCUAUACAAUGCAAACGACAUCUUCCGCUUCACAUUCUACUGGGCUCUGAUCUUCCACGCGCCGCUCUUUCUGUUUUGCGGGUUCUACGCGUUUGUCAACAUCGCCUUCCCGCCGCCGACAUCUCCCUCUGCCCUCCUCCAUCAUGUCUCCCAGACACCGAUAACACCAAUAACGCCGUCCUUCCUGGAUCAGCCGCCCCGCCUGCACCAGCAGAACGACCGCCGCUCGCCGCUUGUCCAUGCCCUUCUCGUUCUGUUCACGUUCAUGGUUGCCGCCGUCGGCGCGGCUCUCGCAGAGAGCGUCAUCGUAGGGUACAUAUUGGCGGGCCUGUACCACUCGGCGGAUUUCAGCAUGAGCACGUGGGUCCCUUUUGUUUGGGGCCUUAUUAUUGCCCUCGUGGGCGCGCUAGGGUGCGUAUGGUGUCAGCUUGCGCGUCGUGAACGGACUGUUGACUUCGCGUUCCAUAGAAUUUUCCCAGGUGUCAUUCAUCGUAUCUAA